UAUUUGUGAUGCCAAGUUAUUGUACUGCAAUCGUUGAACAAUAUCUCCUCUUCAACCGUAGUCGAAACGAUCUUGAUAUGUACUUAGACGCCGACUCUGUUGAUGACACGACACCAACAACUGGGGAUACAGAAUCGAACGAAAAUGAAGAUUCAAAAACGAAGCGCAGUAGUUCAAGAUCAAAGGUUUUCGAGGAGCCAGUAACGAAACUAAGCCUCUGCGCAACCAUGUGGCACGAGACUUCGGACGAGAUCACGGGCUUUCUCCAGUCGCUCUUCAAACUGGACGUGGAUCAAUCUGCCCGCCGUCUUGCCCAAGAUCAUUUCAACAUAACGGAUCCUGAUUACUACGAAUUCG